UCACCGCACGCGUUGCGACGCAAUCUCAAUAAAAUAUUAACUUAUUACCUACUGCUGAAUAAAACGUUCAAAAUCCUGUUUCGUACUUCUAUUAUCAUAUAUUUUUUUCAAAAUUUUUUAAAAUUUCAAUUAUUUUACUUGUAAUAUAUAAGUUUAUUUCAACUGUAUUUUCUAUAACUUUAAUUAUGGCAUCUAGAAGGAUAGACCCCAAAUCAAAAGAGCUUUACUCUACCGUUAAAUAUGUUCAAGUUGAAGGAUUAGCGCUAAUGAAGAUUGCUAAACAUUGUCAUGAAGAAUGUGCUAGUGAUAUAAUAAUUGCACAAGGCGCAUUAUUGGGAUUAGUUGUCGAUGAUUGUCUUGAAAUUACCAAUUGUUUUGCUUUUCCAAAAAGUGUUGAUGAAACUAUUAACGAUGAAAAAUAUCAGUUGGAUAUGAUGAAAAGUCUUCGUCAAGUCAAUGUUGAUCAUUAUCAUGUUGGAUGGUAUCAAAGCUCUGAUGUGGGAAAUUUUUUAAGUUUACCUCUAUUAGAGUCUCAAUUUCAUUACCAAACAAGUAUUGAAGAAUCUGUUGUAUUAAUUUUUGAUGCUCCAAAAACAAAUCGUGGUUUCUUAUCAUUAAGUGCAUAUAGACUAACUCAACAGGCUUUGACUAUGUUCAAAGAAAAUGAUUUCAAUCCAGAUACCUUAAAAUCAUUAAAAGUUGGUUAUGAUAACUUAUUAGUUAAAGUACCUGUUGUGAUUAAAAACUCAACAUUAACCAAUAUUCUUCUCUCUGAGUUAAGUUUUAAAAUUAAACUUGACCAAGAUUCAGAACAUUUAGAUAUUGGAACAGCAACUGUUUUGGAAGGUCAAUUACGUAAUUUAAUGGAUAGAGUAGAUGAUUUAAAUCAAGAAGCCAUUAAAUUCAACCGAUAUCAACAAGCUGUUGUACGACAAACACAAGAAAAACAUCGUUAUUUACAAAAAAGAACAUUAGAAAAUCAAGCUAGGGCAGCAAAAGAUGAGGCACCUUUACCUGAAGAAGAUAUCAAUAAAGUGUUUAGACCAUUACCUGUUCCACCCAGAUUACCGCCAAUGCUGAUGGCCACACAAGUAGAUACGUAUGCUGAAGAAAUUGCUAAAUUUUCCACUCAAUCAUUGGCUAAAUUAUACAUGACCAAAGCAAUGAAUACUAAUAACUAAAAUUCUUGUUGAAUUCAUAUUAUAUUAUAAUACUGAAAAAUAAAAAUAAAAACUUGUUUUUGUCAUAAUAAUUCAAA